CAGGGAAGAGGGCCGCUGCCAUUUCCACUCGCGCUCUCCGCACUCCCCGCUUCCAGGGGGAAAGAAGAAGGAGAAGAAAGAGGAGGAGGAAAGCGGGGGAAAGAGGGAGGUUACACAGCGCCUGCCUGAGCCGAGGCGCUGGGCUGCCAAGACUCACACACCGCCUGCCGCCGCUCCAGUUGCUGCUGCUCCUGCUGCUUCUCCUCUGGGCAAGUGAGCGGAAAGAGAGCGAGAGGGAGCGAGACUGGAAACACAGCACCCCGUUCCCCUUCCUUCUCCCCCGAGGCUUUCCAUGGAGCAGGGAAAGAGCCUGAAGAAAGUGUGACCGAGAGCGGGGAAAGCGGGGCUCUUUAACUUUCCAGCUUCCCAUGCGCGGUUCCAAGCUCUUGGCUGCCUCCAGAUAACUUUGUGUCGGGAGGGAAAGCCCCAGACUUGCGAGAGGUGCCCAAAGGUGAGCCUCGGAGAAGAGAGAGGGAAGAAGAAAAGUUUCUCGGCUGGGGAUUUGCGCUUCCUUCCCCUCCAGCACCUGGGCCAUAGGCAAGGCAAGAAGGGGAGCCCGAGGCGAUGAUUUGGAAGCGGGGAGGCUUCGGCGGGGACCUGCUGUGCCUGCUGGCCCUCUUGCUGGGCUGCCGGGCCCGCCUGUACACCAACCACUGGGCGGUGCGGAUCGCCGGCGGGAUCCAAGAAGCCAACCGGAUCGCCAGCAAGUACGGCUACGUCAAUAUCGGACAGAUUGGAGCAUUGAAGGAUUACUACCACUUCUACCAUAGUAGAACGAUUAAAAGGUCAGUUCUCUCAAGUAGAGGUACUCACAGCUUCAUUUCAAUGGAACCAAAGGUGGAAUGGAUAGAGCAACAGGUUGUAAGAAUAAGGACAAAAAGGGAUUACAAACCUGGCAGCAUCCAGUCCAUGUAUUUUAAUGAUCCCAAAUGGCAAAGUAUGUGGUACAUGCACUGCAGUGAUAAUACAAACCUCUGUCAAUCAGAUAUGAACAUUGUCGGUGCAUGGAGGAGAGGCUACACUGGAAAGAACAUUGUGAUCACUAUCUUGGAUGAUGGCAUUGAGAGAAACCACCCAGACCUGAUGCAGAAUUAUGACCCAGAUGCCAGUUUUGAUGUCAAUGGUAAUGAUAUUGACCCCAUGCCUCGGUAUGAUGCCAGCAAUGAAAACAAGCAUGGAACCCGUUGUGCUGGAGAAGUGGCAGCUACAGCGAACAAUACACACUGUAUAGUUGGAAUUGCAUUUAAUGCCAGAAUUGGAGGAGUACGGAUGCUGGAUGGCGAUGUUACAGACAUGGUAGAAGCAAAGUCACUUAGCCUCAACCCCCAACACAUACACAUCUACAGUGCUAGCUGGGGUCCUGAUGAUGAUGGGAAGACAGUGGAUGGACCUGCUUCUUUAACACGCCAAGCCUUUGAGAAUGGUGUCAGAACGGGCCGAAACAACCUGGGAUCCAUCUAUGUUUGGGCAUCUGGAAAUGGUGGACGGAGUAAGGAUCAUUGUUCCUGUGAUGGCUAUACCAACAGCAUCUACACUAUCUCCAUCAGCAGCACGGCUGAAAGUGGGAGAAAACCUUGGUAUCUAGAAGAAUGUGCAUCUACACUAGCAACAACUUACAGCAGUGGAGAGUCCUAUGACAGGAAAAUAAUUACUACAGACCUAAGGCAACGUUGUACAGACAGCCAUACAGGGACUUCAGCUUCUGCACCUAUGGCUGCAGGAAUUAUUGCACUGGCACUGGAAGCAAAUCGAUUACUGACAUGGAGAGAUAUACAGCAUAUCAUUGUAAGGACUUCACGGGCAGGACAUUUGAUUGCUAAUGACUGGAAAACUAAUGCUGCUGGUUACAAGGUUAGCCACUUAUAUGGAUUUGGACUGAUGGAUGCUGAAGCCAUGGUUCUGGAAGCAGAAAAGUGGACAACAGUUCCUUCACAACAUGUGUGUGUUGAGAACACAGAUCGGCAAAUCAAAACAAUACGACCAGAUAAUAUUCGUAAUGGACCAGAUAAUGGGGUUCGCUCAAUAUAUGAAGCUACUGGCUGCGCGGAUAAUCCAAAUCACCAUGUAGUCUAUCUGGAGCAUGUUGUAGUGCGCAUCACUAUUACACAUCCCCGAAGGGGUGACUUGGCAAUUUAUUUGACUUCUCCUUCUGGAACAAGAUCACAACUCUUGACUAACAGGUUGUUUGACCAUUCCAUGGAGGGGUUUAAAAACUGGGAAUUCAUGACUACCCAUUGCUGGGGUGAAAAAGCAGCUGGUGAUUGGAUUUUGGAAAUCUAUGAUACUCCAUCACAGCUGAGAAAUGUCAAGACGCCAGGAAAAUUGAAGGAAUGGUCCUUAGUACUUUAUGGGACAUCCAUUCAGCCUUAUUCUCCAAGAAAUGAUUUCCCAAAAGCUGAACGAAUACGUUCAAGUCCAAUAGAAGAUCCUACGGAAGAUUAUGGAGCUGAUGAUUAUGCAGGUCCAUGCAAUGCAGAGUGUAGUAAAGUAGGAUGUGGUGGGCCAGGACCAGACCAUUGCAAUGACUGCCUACACUAUUACUACAAAUCUAAAAACAACACACGCAUCUGUGUUCCCAACUGUCCACCUGGUCACUACAGCGCAGACAAGAAACGUUGCAAAAAAUGUUCACCCAACUGUGAAACUUGUUUUGGAAGUCACAGUGAUCAAUGUAAUACCUGUAAACCAGGUUACUAUAUCAAUGAAGAGUCUAGGAGUUGUUUCACUAGCUGCCCAGAUGGAUUUUACCUGGAUAAUAAUAAGAUUGUCUGUCGUAAAUGCAGUGAAAACUGUAAGACAUGCACUGAAUUUCAAACCUGUACAGAAUGCAGACAUGGCCUAAGUUUACAAGGCUCCAGAUGUGUUAUCCGCUGUGAAGAAGGGAAAUAUUACAAUGGCAGGGACUGUGAACCAUGCCACCAUUCAUGUGCUUCUUGUGCAGGCCCAGGAGCUGAUGCUUGUCUAAAUUGCACAGAAGAAUAUCUUAUGGAAAACGGAAGAUGCGUGCUAGCUUGCAACAAUGGCUACUAUUUUGAUCAGUCGCUAGAAAAUGGAUACAAAAGUUGCAAAAGAUGUGAUAUCAACUGUUUGGGGUGCAGUGGUCCAGGAGAGAAAAAUUGUACAAGUUGUCCAAAUGGCUAUAUCUUAGAUACAGGUCUCUGUGUAGUUGGUCUAGUCUGUAAAGAUGGAGAAUAUAUUGAUCCUCUUGACCACUGUCAGUUCUGUGAAGCCUCCUGUUCUAAGUGCACAGGGCCAUCUUCAAAGGACUGUCUUGGCUGUGUUUCCACAAGAUUUUUGGAUGAUGGACGCUGUGUUCUUCAGUGCCCUAAAGGGAAAUUCGGAUUUAAAAAUCAGUGUCAUUCUUGCCAUCCGACCUGUAUGGAAUGCACAGGAAGUGAACUGAACAAAUGCACUGCUUGUGGGAAAGAUGAGCAAGGGAAUGCCCUUUUCCUGUAUCUGGGAGAAUGCAAAGAGAGCUGCCCUGAGGGCCAUUAUCCUUCGGAGAAGGACAGGACUUGCAUGCCUUGCUUUGAGCACUGCGAAGUGUGCCUCGAUCAGACCGAGUGUGAGAGAUGCUUUGAAGGAUACUACCUGCUUGAUAACACCUGCCAGAAGCACAACUGUGGAAAAGAUGAGGCAGAGGACCUUGAUUCAGAAGACUGUAUCCCUUGUGCAGACGGCUGCCUAUCCUGCAGUUUGGACGAUCCAAGGAUCUGCACAUCAUGUAUUCACAGUUAUUAUAUGUACAAUCAGCGAUGCUAUAGAAAUUGUCCUCAGAAUACCUACAAUGAUGAAAGCGCUCUCCUUUGCAUAGAAUGUCAACCAAAUUGCAGAAGUUGUGAUAAAUAUGAGUGCUUCUGGUGCAAAGAAGGUUUUUUUCUUCUAGAUGGGCAAUGUGUGAGUGAUUGUGGAGCUGGCUUCUACAGCGAUGAGGUCACAGAGGAAUGUGAACCAUGCCACAGGACCUGCACAACAUGCAAAGGGUUCAGCUACAACGAUUGCACUAGUUGCAAAGGAAUUUUACAGUUAUUCCAUGGAAAGUGUGUGAAUCCCAAAAACAAACAAGUAAAUGGAAAAUUCUGGAACGAGAGAAUGAAGCUGCUCAAUUCAAAUGGCUUGAGUUCUGCACAUUCGAAAGACCGCCUCUUGCCUUAUUUCCCAUCGCAAUCCUUACAGCCAGCCGAGAACGAUCUCUUGAUGGUACCGUCCAUGCACCAAAUCCGGGUGGAAAGGGCACUGAAAGAGGCGUUCUCGGUGGCUGCCCCACAGGUUCAGAUGCCUCUUCCCCUGGAAGUUCGCCAAAACCCAAACCUGAGAAUUGUCCGGAGGCAACUUACUUGGCUUCAACCAUGUGAUUCUUCGUGCAAAACCUGUGGAGAAACUGCCAACAUAUGCACUUCCUGCCCCAAAGAGAGAUUUCUUUCUGCUGGGUCUUGUGUCCAUGUUUGCCCACAAGGACACUUUGGCAAUGUGAAGACCAAACAAUGUGAGAAAUGUGCAGAUGGCUGUGAGAAAUGUACAAGACCUAGCUACUGUCUGAAGUGUUUGUCCGAUUCAGACAUGCCCCGCUAUUUGUUCAGAGGCAAAUGUUUGCACACGUGUCCCACCGGCUAUUUCGCUGAACAUGAGACUUGCCAAAUGUGCAGCAAAUCUUGCAAUACGUGUGAAGAAAAUGCCACCAGAUGCAUGUCGUGUGAGAGCCCUUUCCUUCUAGAACAAGGGGAAUGUAAACUCACAUGUUCAGAGAAUCACUUUGUUGUUGAUGGCAUCUGUAACCCUUGUCCUGAGAAGUGUCAGGAAUGCAUCCAAGGAAGCUUAUGUAAAGCAUGUAUUCCACCAUAUCAUCUGUACAAUGGGAACUGCUUACGGAACUGCCCGUCUGGCUUCUUUCCUGAUUCCAGCCGCUGUUUUGCCUGUCAUAAAGACUGCAAAGAAUGUGAUGGGCCAGAAUUUGAUGACUGCAUAGACUGUCCCACUGUUUUCUCCUAUGUGCUAUACAAUGGCAAAUGUUAUGAAGUAUGUCCAGAUGGCACGUAUUAUGAUGAAGAAAGUGGAAAAUGCCAAGAGUGCGACAGGACAUGUCGAACUUGUUCAUCCACCAUGUACUGCCUCACCUGUGUAGAGGGCCUCUCAAUGAUUGACACUGGCUUCUGCGCAAUGCCACAUUACUGCUCCAACACUGAAUACUAUGACGAACACAGCAAAAUGUGCAGAUCUUGUCACAAAAGUUGUUUGGAGUGUACAGGCCCUGCUGAAAAUGAGUGUCUCAGCUGUCCUGAAACUUGGCAUCUACUCAAUGCAACCUGUGUCGAAAUAUGUCCAGAUGGAUACUACUCAGACCAUGAUGAAAACAAGUGCUAUGCGUGCCACAGGACCUGUGAAACUUGCUAUGGAAAACACAGCACACAGUGCAUUUCCUGCCCACCCAGAUGGUACAAACAAGAAAAUGGAUGUGUGCAGAUUUGCACCAAUGGGUACUAUGCAAAUAAUGUUAUUGGAACUUGUGAGAGAUGUCACAAAACCUGCAAGGAAUGUCUGGGGCCUGCUCCUGCUGACUGUAUGUCCUGUGAUAAAAGUUUCUUCUUGUUGCAUUCAAGUAAUGAAUGCCAUGUCACCUGUCCUGAAUCUUACUAUGGGGACAAUGAUAAACAUACCUGUGAAAGGUGCCAUCCAACUUGUCUGACUUGCAAUGGAAAAGGACCAUUCAGCUGCACAUCCUGUGUAUGGAGUUAUCAGCUCAUUGCUGGCAUCUGCAACUCAGAAUGCUUACUGGGGAAAUACAAAAUCUCAGAGGACCCCCCGCAAUGUGAAAACUGCCAUGAAUCUUGUAUGGAAUGCAAGGGACCUGGACCCCUGAACUGCACUGUGUGUCACCUCAACAUGAAGCUGCUCUUGGAUCAGAAUCGUUGUGUCCCAUGCUGCAAGAGUUCCGAAGCGCAAACUCAGGAGUGUUGUGAUUGCAGUGAAAUGCAUGAUGAGUGUAUAUUACUCAGUGCUAACUUGUCAGAAGAAACAAAAGGCAAAGCUGUAGCUUUGGUUGUGGCCAUGCUCAUUUUGUUGUUCCUUACCACUGGAGCUGUUCUUUUCAUCUGGAGACGUUCACGUGUCAAACCCAAACCGAGCAACCAAGGUGGAUAUGAGAAGCUAUCAGAUAAUGCAAAGACACUAAGUUCUUUCAAAAGUAACCACUUCCAGGGAACCAGCUAUCAAGAAGAUCAAGUGAUUGAAUACAGGGACCGGGAUGCAGAUGAUGAUGAUGAUGACGAUGAUGAUAUCGUCUAUAUGGGUCAAGAUGGCACAGUCUAUCGCAAAUUUAAAUAUGGACUUCUAGAGGAUGAUGAAGUAGAUGAACUGGAAUAUGAUGAUGAAAGUUAUUCUUUUAGAUAAACUGCAUGCGCCAUUUGCUCUUUUUCUACCCAGUUUAAUAUAUUUCUGGAAAAUGAACUCCUUGUAAAUUUAGAAACCCAUCUGAAUGGAAAAAAACCAUUUACUAUAGAUUUCCAUUUGACAUAAUUUUUCUCCCUUGCCACUUGGCAAUUGGCUUUCAUUGUAUGUAUGUUUGGUAAUUAUAUUUAAACCAUUGUAUGCUUAGUAAAAGGUUGUCUAUGUAAACUCAAAAAUGUUUCAAAUAUUAGCCCAAAUCUUGUAGUUCCAGCUUUUGAGUGUCCAUUCAAUUGAUCCUAUUGAGCUACCAUAGUUGGGACUAAGCAACAGGAUUCCAAGGACAGUUUAAUGUAAUGCCCUAUCUAUAUUUAUUAACUUAUGUUAUAGGGUGUCACCAAGCAAAAUAUAUGAAUUGCAUUUGAAACUUACAUUUGCUUUGAAUUAAGACCACGAAAAGCUAGACAGAACUGCGUAGUUUUUAUUAACAUGUCUCUGUUUAACCAGUAUUCUCUCCAUGUUGUGUGUCAUACUGUUGCAACAAUGGAAUUUUUUAUGUGGCAAAAGAUACCCGAUUCCAGUAGGUUAAUAUUAUAGUAAACAUACAUGGCAACAGGUCAUUUUACACUUGCGUAUUUGAAACUUGAUGUUUGGAAUUCCCAGUCUGCAGCACAGAUGACCCCAGGAAAUGCUUUCAGAUCACUUAAUGCUUUUUCACAUUUGAUGGAGAAGCAGAACACAUUCAGCUGGAAGUCGCCAAAUAUUGAUAGUUUGCAUGAAUGCUAAAAAUUCAGAUUCUCAUUCAGCAGUCAAGAGGAAAUUGGAUCCUUCUGUUUUAUUUUUGAUUAAGAGCUAAAACUACUCUAAAACUAAAAAGUGCUUGAUCUAUGACUAGUGAAAACAACGGUAUUUCAUAUACCGUAUUAUGGUUUGAGAUUGGCCCAAUCCUAGAUCAUUCGAGGUUGAGCUUAAAAUCAAGUCAAGAUGAUCUUAGUCUAAAACUUUUCAGAGGAGAGGAGUACUUCACUCCAAGGCAUACUAUGCUUGUCUUUAUAUGGUUUGGUGUUAUAUGGAAAUUGCUUAGUAUUUUUGUGGGCUGAGGGUUACAUGUAAACACAGCCAUUGGAUGAAUACGGCACACAUAAUGUGCAAACCAGCUUCAAAAACAAUACCAUCAACUCUACCAUUAUUAACAGUAUUUUUAUGCUUAAGUAGUAUACCUAAGUGAAAUGAGUCUAAAUUAUGUAUGUGACUGUAUGCUUAUAGUUUGUUAUUCAUUUUGUGAAGAGUAUAUUUCCCCUUUAAGACUGCAUUUUCAACUUGAAUUGUUGUCCAACAUAGUAAAACUACCCGAGUUUCAAAAGGUUUACAUCUACUUAGGAAUCAGCCUCUUUGUUAUCAGUGGAGUCUACUAUGAGGUAAGUGCAGGGUUUGGAGAAGUUACUCAUUUGGGACUACAACUCUCCAAAUUUAGCCAGCAUUGCAGGAAGGGGUAUCCUGAAAGUUAUAGUCCAAAGUUAUGGCUGCAAUCUUCUUGAGGUCACUGCACAAUUAUCCAAACCCAUCCUUAUGUGUAGCCUUAGCUUGGAAGUCAGGUGUCUGAGGGCCCUUCCACACAGCCAUAUAACCCAGAAUAUCAAGGCAGAAAAUCCCACAACAUCUGCUUUGAACUGGUUUAUCUGAGUCCACACUGACAUAUAUUCCAGUUCAAAGCAGAUGUGGGAUUUGUUUUCAGCUGUGUGGAGGGGGCCUAAGAAACAAGAACAGAUGCAGCAGCAUUCUCUUCCCUUCAUUAUUGGCAUCUUUUACUUCUAUUAUCUAUCACAAUCACUUUUCCUUUUACUACUGGUUUGCUCUUCACUUCUGCCAGCAUAGUAACACUGCUGUGGGCCCAGUAUUUUGUUUCUUUCAGGUGUUUUGUCUGUGUGUGCAGAAUGUCAGUCUAAAGUAUAUUUCUCUUGCCAUCAUCAUAACAAUACUCCAUGGGAAUGUUUUACUAUGAUCACAACAGAUAGAAAGUAAAGGUAAAGCAGUUUGGAUUUUUAUGUCUGCUAGUUCUUGAAGCAUUCGGACUUCGUUUGAGCAGAUAUGGAUUUGCACUCAAGACAGAAAAAAACACAAUGGGAAAAAUGUGCUUAUUUCCCCAAUUCUUGGUGGAUUAGAAAACAGAAAGCAAGUGAACCAUCUAUUUACAUAAUAGCUGUAUGACACAUUCUCUGGAAUGUAGAUCUGUUCAUUCAUUUGUGAAUAUAUUAAACCUGUCAUAUCUGCAUUAAUAAAUAAAUCUUUUUACAAAAACA